AUGAGAGUUGUCAUCACCGGCGCCGGCGGUUUUGUCGGCCAGAUCCUUGCUAAGAAGCUCAUCGAGACCGACCCUUCCACAUCAUUGGUCCUGGCAGAUGUUAAGGAGCCACCGAAUCCGACGGAGUCGAAGGAUGUGAAGACUGUUGCGGCGGAUCUUACUGAUCCUGCGGCGGUGGAUGUGCUGUUUGAGAAGGCACCAGAUGCUGUAUACAUCCUGCACGGCAUUAUGUCGAGUGGCUCGGAAGCAAACCUCGGACUCGGUUUGAAGGUCAACUUUGACAGCGUGAGGCAUUUGAUCGAUAUUGCCCGAGUCAAGCAGCCUGGCGUCAAGAUCGUGUUCACAAGUUCGUGCGCGGUCUUUGGCCGUGCGGCUGUCAAAAACGUGGCUACCGAGACGGACAUUGUUCCCAUGCCAGAGAGCAGCUACGGCACACAGAAGCUGAUGAUCGAGUUCCUGGUUAAUGACUACUCCCGUCGAGGCCUUAUAGAUGGACGUGUAGUCCGUCUGCCCACCGUGUUUGUACGAGCUGGAGCUCCCACAGCGGCGGCGUCAUCCUUCGUAUCUGGCAUUGUCCGCGAGCCUGUCAAUGGAGAAGAAUCUGUGCUUCCAGUCGACCCCAGCAUUGGUAUCUGGUUGACAUCACCACGUACUCUGGCCACCAACCUUGUACACGCCAUCAAGAUCCCGGCUGAGAAGUUCGGCCACUUCAGACAGGUUUUGCUUCCCGGCUACACAGCGACAAGCGGGGAGAUCCUGGAGGCACUGGAGAAGAUUGCCGGCAAGGAGGUCCGAUCAAGAGUCAAGGAGCAAAGAGAUGAGGGUAUCCAGAAGAUCGUGCUGAGCUGGCCUGCGAAGUACGACACAGCAAGAGCGAAGGAGUUGGGCUUCUCGGAAGAUGUUGGAUUGGAGCAGACGAUCAAGGACUUCAUUGAAGGCGAAAAGCAGAAGAAGUAG